CCCGCCACGAGACUCUGACAGCGGCGCGGCUGGCGCGGCUCGGACGCGCAGGAACCGGCUGACCCCAGCAGCGAAGGAGGACGCGAGGACCGCGGCUCGGGGCCAAGUGCGGGAGGCGAGCAGGGCCGGAGGCGCGCGGAGAUCCCCUCUGAAGCAGCUGGGAGCUCAGAAGCUCUCUCCAUCCCUGAGGAGUGGGUUAGCCACAAGAGCAAGAAGUGAUGGACUGGAGUCCACCCAGCGCCUGAGGCAUGAGCAGAAUCCACACCCAUUAGACCCAGAGCCUCAGAGUGGGAGGCUGCACUGCUGGGGAGAUCCAAGAAGAAUCAAUACUUUGGCCCCUGGCGACAUGUACACGGUGUAAUGACAGUGCUAUGAAGAAAUGGAAGCUCAGGAAGGUGGAUAAACUUUCCCAAAGCCACACAGCUCAAAACGUGUUUUGACCCCUCGGUUGUGUCCAAAGCCAGUAGUGCUUUGCAACGCAGCCUCCCAGUUCUUCUAGCUUAUAGAAAUGAGCAGAUUUGCAGAAAAACUGGUGUCCUGAAAUUUAAGACUAAGACAUCGGUGCUUUCCCAUCUGCUUUUAAAAGCUGGCCAUACUUGUGUGUGUGAAAUUAGUUGUUGAGCAUACUGGUGGAAAUGGGGGUGCUUGUGGCCCUGAAGGCCGCCUGCUCUGUCUCCAACUGCCUGAGGGGCUCAGGCUCUGGCUGAGAACAUGGCCAAUGACAUUGACGAGCUCAUUGGCAUUCCCUUCCCCAACCACAGCAGUGAGGUCCUGUGCAGCCUCAAUGAGCAGCGGCACGAUGGCCUGCUGUGUGACGUGCUCCUGGUGGUGCAGGAGCAGGAGUAUCGGACACACCGCUCCGUCCUGGCUGCCUGCAGCAAGUACUUCAAGAAGCUCUUCACCGCCGGCACCCUAGCCAGCCAGCCCUAUGUCUACGAGAUUGACUUCGUGCAGCCUGAGGCUCUGGCCGCUAUCCUGGAGUUUGCCUAUACCUCCACGCUCACCAUCACCGCCGGCAACGUCAAGCACAUCCUCAAUGCUGCCAGGAUGCUGGAGAUCCAGUGCAUUGUGAACGUGUGCCUGGAGAUCAUGGAGCCUGGGGGGGAUGGCGGGGAGGAGGAUGACAAGGAGGAUGACGAUGAUGAUGAAGAUGAUGAUGAUGAGGAGGAUGAAGAAGAGGAGGAGGAGGAAGAGGAGGAGGAUGACGAUGAUGACACGGAGGAUUUUGCUGACCAAGAAAACUUGCCUGACCCCCAGGACAUCAACUGCCACCAAAGCCCUUCCAAGACGGACCAUCUCACAGAGAAGGCCUAUUCAGACACCCCCAGGGACUUCCCUGACUCCUUCCAGGCUGGCAGUCCUGGCCAUCUGGGGGUGAUCCGGGACUUCUCCAUUGAAUCUCUGCUGAGGGAGAACCUGUACCCCAAAGCCAACAUCCCCGACAGGAGACCCUCCUUGUCUCCAUUUGCCCCAGACUUCUUCCCACACCUCUGGCCAGGGGACUUCGGUGCCUUUGCCCAGCUGCCUGAGCAGCCCAUGGACAGUGGGCCACUGGAUCUGGUCAUUAAGAACCGGAAGAUCAAGGAGGAGGAGAAGGAGGAGCUGCCCCCACCCCCACCCCCACCCUUCCCUAACGACUUCUUCAAGGACAUGUUCCCUGACCUGCCAGGGGGGCCUCUGGGCCCCAUCAAGGCAGAGAACGACUACGGUGCCUAUCUCAACUUCCUGAGUGCCACCCACCUGGGGGGCCUCUUCCCACCCUGGCCCUUGGUGGAAGAGCGCAAGCUGAAGCCCAAGGCCUCUCAGCAGUGCCCCAUCUGCCACAAAGUCAUCAUGGGGGCCGGGAAGCUGCCGCGGCACAUGAGGACCCACACUGGGGAGAAGCCAUACAUGUGCACCAUCUGCGAGGUCCGCUUCACCAGGCAGGACAAGCUGAAGAUCCACAUGCGGAAGCACACCGGUGAGCGGCCCUACCUGUGCAUCCACUGCAACGCCAAGUUCGUGCACAACUACGACCUCAAGAACCACAUGCGCAUCCACACGGGCGUGCGGCCCUACCAGUGCGAGUUCUGCUACAAGAGCUUCACGCGCUCCGACCACCUGCACCGCCACAUCAAGCGCCAGAGCUGCCGCAUGGCGCGGCCCCGGCGCGGCCGCAAGCCCGCCGCGUGGAGGGCAGCCAGCCUGCUCUUCGGGCCCGGCGGCCCGGCCCCCGACAAGGCGGCCUUCGUGAUGCCGCCCGCGCUGGGCGAGGUGGGCGGCCACCUGGGCGGUGCCGCCGUGUGCCUCCCGGGCCCCAGCCCCGCCAAGCACUUCCUGGCGGCGCCCAAGGGCACCCUGAGCCUGCAGGAGCUGGAGCGGCAGUUCGAGGAGACGCAGAUGAAGCUGUUCGGGCGCGCGCAGCUGGAGGCCGAGAGGAACGCGGGGGGCCUCUUGGCCUUCGCGCUGGCGGAGAACGUGGCGGCUGCGCGGCCCUACUUCCCGCUGCCCGACCCGUGGGCCGCGGGCCUGGCCGGCCUCCCUGGGCUCGCCGGCCUCAACCACGUGGCCUCCAUGUCUGAAGCCAACAACUAGGCGGGUCCCUGUCGACUCCAGUCCUCCAGUCCUCCUCCCUCCAGGCCCGCUGUACCCCACUCCCUGGAUCUGAACUUUGCAUUUUAAAAACCCAAAGGGAAAAAUGAAAAAAACAAACAAAAAAAUACUAGAAGUGAUGGCAUUUUCCCGGGCUCCUAAAGCAGCUGCCUCCUUUUGCUGGUGUCUGAGAGGGGCAUCUCCUCCCAAAGAGCCUGGAGCCCGGGCCUCCCCUCCCCCCACCCCCGGCUGUCUCUCUGGCUCUCACAUAGAAAUUUGCACUGGCCCAUGCCACACGGAGCUGGGUGCCCAGCAGCUCUUAGGAGCUGGGUGAGUUAUGAGGGGUCAGGGGCGGUUGGCCUGGUGCCCAGCCAGUCAGAGCAGGAGCAGGGUAGGGGCUGGGCAUGCACCUUGGUUAAGCCCCACCCCCUGUGAUCAAGUCUCCCCAACACUCCUCUGAGGGCUCAUUUUCCAGUCUCCAGUGGCCCCAGGGUCCUUUUGAGAACUAGCCACCUGCCACCUAGAAAGAAAUGCUCUUUGGCAGGGAGGCCUCCUGGAGUCAGGAACCAGGCUCUGGGAGGACAGGGUCAUUUUUCCCUUACCUGUCCAGUGACCUUGACAGGUCGGCCCUCUGUAUCUCGGUGCCACCUGGCUAUGGAAGGGGCUGGUAACUUAGGUUCCCUUCCUCUGCCCCUAAACACAUAUACACCUAUCUCCCCAGAGAAUCCUGGAGAGGACAGGAGCUCUGUACUCCCCAGGUCCAUGGGGAAAAGUUUAUCUUUCUGGACUUAGUUUUAUCACAUCCAGCUGUCUAUUACCAUAUUCGCAUAGGUGAGAACUAUGGCCAUACUAGACAGAGGUCACAGGAGACAGGGGAGCUUCAGAGCGUCACCGAAGUCCACAGGCAGCUCUGGGAACUCCCAAUGCCACCCUACUUUCCCUGCAGGCCGCUGUUGAUGUCUGAACCCCUGGGGGCACUAUUUAGUGUUUACCCCAUAUCUCCAAGGCCCCCUCCAAGGCUGAGCAGUGUCUUGGGGCUCUCAGGGCCAACAUCGAAGAGAUGGGGGCCACCUCUCAACACCUAGCAACUGUCUCUCCUCACCCUGAUUCCUGAAAACAGACAAAAUGUCUGGUUUUCUCGGGUUUAUGUUUGCUUUUUAAGUUAUGGGUUCCUCAGGGCACAGCAUGGCUAAUGAUGGUCCCCUUUGUUGUGUGAGAGCCCCCUCCACCUCUUCAUCCUCCCUGUGGGGGUGAAGUGGGAGUAUUUGGGUCUCCUUUUUUGGCAAAAGGGCUCAGUACAGGGAGGUGGAAGCCUCCAAGGUUUGAAGGGCACUGUGACUUAGGGCUGUCACAUGUUCUCCUGGUUCAUGAGUUUGAAGCAGGUCCUGAAAAGGAAGGCUCUGCUGGCCCCAUGCCUUCCUGACCUUCUCUCUCCUUCCCUCCCCUCUCUUUUCUUGCCGAGUUCGCUUUGGUUUCUCAGCAGCCCAGAGAGGAGGAGGGUUCAUCCCCAGGGAGGGUCCAGGGCUAGUCCCCAGUCCCUGUGCCGUGGGCACAAAGAGACUUCAGCUCUUCCUGUCGCCUUGGCUUUUUCCUGAGCAAACACACAAGAAACAAAAAGGCCGAGAAGAGCACAGACUCUGUCCCUAUCACAGCUCUCCAGAAGAGACCUCUGUGAUUCUUUGUACCACCGGAUGCCACUCCAGCCGGCAGGAUUGCUACACACACCCUCGGUCCUCAGAAGUCAUCUACCUGGGCAGCCGCCUCUCAGAUUCCUGUCUUCGUUUCAGACAUUUGCCUCUGAAGCAUGCCUGUAUCCACCAGCCAACGUGCCCGUGUCCCCCCUUCCCCAAUCAGCCAAGCGAGUGGGGCCAAACCAAACUUUAAAAGAAAAAGAAAGGAAAAGUGAAUAAAUUGGAUUCCAGUGGUGUUGGGGCUUUCGUUUUUAUUUUGUAAAGGUAAUGACUUCUUAUAAACUCAAUUUUUCAGAUGA